UAUACUGUAAUCAACAUGGAAGAAGGAAACUGCUGCCAUCUAGUGAAAGGUUUAUAUUCUGAAAUUUUGAAGAUGGCUGGUAUUACGUAUGGUGAAUUCAUGAAUAUCGACGAGGAUUUGAGAUUUUUAUCAGGUCAUCAUCAAUAUUAUCGUCAACAGCAGACAGUACCACAAACAGUUCAAGAAUAUGUGCCUGAGAAUCAGCCUGAAGUAGGAAUAUUGUCGUCUGUUACUAAAAAAGAUCGAAGUGAAGCAGAUAUAGAGCAAGCUCAAAAAUUUGCUGGUUUUUCAGUGGGAAUAGCCAGCCUAAUUACAGAAAGUCUCAUCUCUCAUCCAUGUAUAGUUAUAAGAAGACAAUGCCAGGUUCACCACAAAUCUCACCGAUUUCAUCUGACACCGUUUACUUUGUUUCCUGUAAUUCUUAAACUACAGAGAAGACAGGGAUUUGGAACGUUAUGGAAAGGUGCCGGAAGCGUAUUUAUAUUACGUGGUCUCACUCUAGUGACCGAGACCCUCGUAUCAGAGUUUUCUCCUCUCCCAAGAGAAAUAAACCAGUAUAGCUCCUUAAAACACAUAUUUCAACAUUUAGCCUUAAAAUGCAUCACUUAUACUGUUCUUACUCCAUUUUAUUCUGCCAGUCUGGUUGAAACUGUUCAGAGUGAUAUUGCCAGUGAAAAACCUGGUGUGUUAGACACAUUAAAGGAAGGGCUGUUUCGGCUCACCUGUUGGCGAAAACCACGAACUAAUCGACUUAUUCCAAUUUGGAUGCUUGUUGGUCCGUCAGUCCUACAUGGUCUACUGCACUAUGUUGUGUCUUCUGUUGUUCAGUCUCUUAGUAGUUGGUUCAUUAACCUCAACAUACAAAGAGAGAAGGAAAGGCUUGGAAUCGAAGAGAAAGACCAUGUCGGAGUAACACAUCAGUGCUUCUCUGACUUAACUGCCAUUUUUAUGGGAAAUUUUGUGGCAGAUAUCAUUGUCUUCCCCAGCGAGACGGUCCUACAUAGGCUGUUUCUUCAAGGAACUAGAACCAUCAUUGACAACCUGGACUGUGGAACUUCUGUCACGCCCGUGAUCACCCGUUAUGAAGGACCUUUUGAUUGUAUUGAAACAAUCUUAGAAGAAGAAGGAGCAGCGGGACUCUAUAAGGGUUUUGGUGCUCUACUUCUCCAGUAUUUGCUUCAUGCUGCAAUCUUGAAAGGAACCCGAGUCAUCCUUGACGAAGUUAUGUUUGCUGUCAGAAAAGCCAGGAAACGGUAGCGGGGCUACCUGAACAGUAGUUGUUGUUUUAACUUAAAUAUCCCUUCCAUAUAUAAAACAGAAACAAGCUAACAAGAAAAUAUUGUGUUACUACUGCUUUCUCACUAACACUUAGAAGUGAACUAUACACUAAAUAUAACUGAAGAAAAUCACCCUUGUAGGUCUUCACAUUUCUUGUUCAUUUAUUUGUGGUUUGUGAUUAUUGAUUAAUUGAGUAAAAAUUCUAUUUAGUGUAUAAUUUACUUCUAAAUCUUAGUAAGAAAAUGUGUACUUGUUCCACUUAUUUCUGGUUUAUGAUUAUUGAAUAAAUAAACCAAGGAAUAAGAGUAUUAAAUGUCCUUUUUGUUUUCAAACUGUGUUUGUUAGAAACUCCAUUUUGAAAAACUAUUUGAGAACGAAAAGUAAUUUAAACAAUAGGUGUAUUUCUUGAAUUUGUAAAUAAAUUAAUAAAACUAGUCAUUCUGAUUUAGAGUAGGGUGAUUUUUAGAAGCUCCAUCUGUAAGAAAAUAUUAGCAGAUUGAAAUCUGUAUUAGACUAGAAUAAUUUUGAAAUGCUUAUAUAAGAAAGUAAUAGUAAUUUGUAAUUAACAUUUAUAAAAAUAUUAAAUUGAAUUGUAGUUUCAACACAACAUGUGAAGACAUUAUAGUUUUUUGAAAGUUGUGUUUUGUAUUGUAUGUUUCUAUAAUUCUGUUUAUGUGUAAUUAAAGUUAUGUUUGGAAAUGUGCUGUAUGUUUCUGUAAUUCUGUUUGUGUGUAAUUUCAGUAAUUGCUGUAGAAAUAAUUGAAAUUUAACUCCUAAUAAGAAAAGUGCAUGAAACACUGAAAAUUGUAAAUCAGAGUGUUAUUGUUGCAGAGUAGAAUGUUUAUAACACUUGUUGCAACAACUCUAGAAUACAGAUACUGCAUAAUAAAGAAAGUUAUAGAAUUUGUCAAA